UAGGCUGUAGUGCGGCGUAUGAUGCGCGCAGGGAGACAACACUCGCAGCAGUUGACGGACCAAAGACACAGAAAUGCACGCAAAAUGCUGCGUGUUCGAGCUGUGACAAGCCACUGCAUGUGAAGAUACUUAAGAAACUGCUACCGAAAACGCCGGAAGCUCCCACGUCCCCACUCAGCGCAGGCAGUGUUUUUGCCGCAGAAAUCAUCCCACCAGAGCUCUUGCUGAUGCGCUUUAGCUGUGCAUGAAUCCCUGCGUUUGGCUUGCAGGUCCAAGACAAAACCGGGCGGUGUUGACGACUGUGUGCGGUGGAUACUGUUUGUGAGUGCACCUCAUCCGCGUCUCCGCACACCUUGGCACCUCCUUCAGGAUGGCGUUAACGAUCUGCACGAGAUUUACCGACGAAUAUCAGCUGUUCGAGGAGCUGGGGAAAGGUGCAUUCUCUGUGGUCAGGAGGUGUGUGAAGAUCUCCUCUGGACAAGAGUAUGCUGCCAAAAUCAUCAAUACGAAGAAGCUUUCUGCCAGAGAUCAUCAAAAGCUGGAGAGAGAGGCGAGGAUUUGCCGUUUAUUGAAGCACCCUAACAUUGUACGACUCCAUGACAGCAUAUCAGAAGAGGGUUUCCACUAUUUGGUGUUUGAUCUGGUGACAGGAGGCGAGCUGUUUGAAGAUAUCGUAGCCAGGGAGUACUACAGUGAGGCUGAUGCCAGCCACUGCAUACAGCAGAUCCUAGAGAGUGUCCACCACUGCCAUGUUAAUGGGAUCGUCCACAGAGAUCUGAAGCCUGAGAACCUUCUAUUGGCCAGUAAGCUGAAGGGGGCGGCGGUCAAGUUGGCUGACUUUGGGCUGGCUAUCGAGGUGCAGGGGGACCAGCAGGCAUGGUUUGGUUUCGCUGGGACCCCAGGCUACUUGUCACCAGAGGUUCUGAGGAAAGAUCCAUAUGGAAAACCAGUGGACAUGUGGGCCUGUGGUGUUAUUUUAUACAUCCUCUUGGUGGGCUACCCUCCCUUCUGGGAUGAAGAUCAGCACCGACUUUAUCAACAAAUCAAGGCUGGAGCCUAUGAUUUUCCAUCCCCAGAGUGGGACACUGUAACUCCUGAGGCCAAAGAUCUGAUCAACAAGAUGCUAACGAUCAACCCCAGUAAACGUAUCACUGCCGCAGAAGCUCUCAAACACCCAUGGAUCUGUCAACGGUCCACUGUAGCUUCCAUGAUGCACAGGCAGGAGACUGUUGAGUGCCUGAAGAAAUUCAAUGCCAGGAGGAAACUCAAGGGAGCCAUACUGACCACUUUGCUGGUCACAAGAAAUUUCUCAGCAGCCAAGAGUUUGCUCAACAAGAAGCCAGAUGGCGUUAAGGUCAACAACAAAGCCAACACAGUGACCAGUCCUAAAGACACUGGCCCUGCCCCUGCACUGGAACCACAGACAACAGUGAUCCACAACCCUGUGGAUGGAAAUAAGGAGUCCAUUGAGAGUGCCAACACCACCAUAGAGGAUGAAGAUGUCAAAGCCCUUCGUCUGGGCAGCUUAGUGAGUGGUCUCUUGAGCUCUAAGAGCCGUUCCUCACAGAUGUCUGAUUCGAGACAGACUCCCACCUCCUCACUUCAGACCUGCACCAAUAACAAUAAAGCCCGCAAACAGGAAAUUAUCAAAGUCACUGAACAGUUGAUUGAGUCUAUUAACAAUGGGGACUUUGAGGCCUAUGCGAAGAUUUGUGAUCCUGGUCUAACUUCCUUUGAGCCAGAGGCCCUUGGAAAUCUGGUAGAAGGACACGACUUCCACCGCUUUUAUUUUGAGAAUGCCCUUUCCAAAGGGAAUAAGCCAGUGCACACCAUCCUUUUGAACCCACACGUGCACCUUAUUGGGGAAAAUGCAGCGUGCAUUGCCUACAUCCGGCUGACUCAGUACAUGGAUGGCAGUGGAAUGCCCCGCACCAUGCAGUCUGAGGAGACCCGUGUGUGGCACCGCCGAGAUGGCAAAUGGCAGAACAUCCACUUCCAUCGCUCUGGUUCCCCCAGCAUCCCUUCCCAUUAAUGAAAUAUCAACAUGAGGUCAA